AUGCAGCCAAGUCCCAAGAUACAUGGUCGGCCCGCCGAGGAGACAACUCCUCUCAAGACCUACACUAAAGAGCGCAAAUCUCAUGAUCCCUGGGUACACCUGUUGGCCGGCGCGAGCGGAGGUUUCGCCACGGCCAUCGCAACUUCUCCCCUCGAUGUAUUGAGAACCAGACUCCAAUCCGAUUUUUAUCAACGUCCCUCUCCCUCCGCGAAUGCCGCCAUCCCCCCAAAUACAAGCCACAAGACACUUCGCAUCAUCGGCAACAUCUACCGAGCAGAAGGAUGGCGUGCAUUUUUCCGUGGUCUCGGCCCUAGUCUGGCCGGCGUGGUCCCGGCGACAGCCAUCAAGUUCUAUGUCUACGGAAACUGCAAGCGGAUCGGAGCCCAAGUGCUAGGCUGCGGCGAAGAUUCAACCCUGAUCCACGCGCAGGCCGCCAUCUCCGCCGGCAUCGCAACCGCAACGGCCACCAACCCGAUCUGGCUGGUCAAGACACGGCUGCAAUUAGACAAGGCCCAGGCUACGACAGGAACCCGCCGGUACAAGAACAGUCUCGAUUGUAUCCAGCAAGUGCUGCGCCAGGAGGGAAUCCGAGGCAUGUACAAGGGACUCAGCGCGAGUUACUUGGGAUCCGUAGAGACCGCCCUGCACUUAGUCCUGUAUGAACGAUUGAAGACUAUGUUGAACAAGUCAUUGGGUUCCCCGGAUGGAAUGGAAACGGCCACACAAAAGGAAAUCACCAGCUGGAUCAGCACAACCGGGGCGGCGGGAUCUGCCAAGUUUGCUGCCGCUCUCAUCGCAUAUCCACACGAGGUUAUCCGCACUCGACUUCGCCAAGCCCCUAUGGAGAACGGGGUCCCGAAAUACACCGGCCUGCUCCAAUGCUUCCGCCUGAUCGCUAAAGAGGAGGGCAUGGCCGGUUUGUAUGGUGGCUUGAUGCCCCAUAUGGCUCGGUCCAUUCCUUCCGCAAUCAUCACCCUGGGCGUCUACGAGUUUGUCCUGCGGUUCGUCGGCACAUCCGCAUAA